AGGAGAAGCGAGUAUCAGUCACUUCAGCCCUGAGUGUACCACGCUUAUCCCUGUCUACACCCAGACUAUCCUUCAAAUCAAGAAAGGAUCCCCUGCUGCAGCCGAAGGAUAGAUCAAUAAAGAUAGAAGUUCUGGAAGAAUAUAUCCUGGGAAAGAAGAGUGUUGAGCUGGAGAUAGAAUAUGGUAUUCCUAGAUCUCAUCUUGUCAGAGCAGUGAGUCAACUUAAGAAAGAGGAUUUGAACAAAAAUGGAAGAAUAGAAUACAGCGAGUGGACCAGAUUCUAUCAUAAACAUCUGAAGGAUGCAAACUCUCUGAUGCCUGUAGUUCAAUGGUUAAUUUAUCAACCAACCUACAGCUGUAGACCACCACCACUAGUUCUUGUUUUCCUUUCUGUAUUACAGGUUAUUUGUUAUGUAUGGCAUGCCAGUUACAUAGCAAACAUUGUUGAAGAUUCUAAACUGGUUGGUCAGGCUGCAACCUGCUCAUAUCUUAUAUAUAAUCCUAACAAACGAUUUGAGGCGUGGAGGUUUCUAACAUAUCAGUUUGUUCAUGUAAACCUUGAACAUAUUGUGUUUAAUACAUUGAUGCAGCUUGUCGUUGGUCUUCCUUUAGAGAUGUCACAGCCUGGGGUCUGGGGGACACUCAGAGUUGUUAUGGUUUACUUUGCUGGAGUCGUCUUAGGAUCGCUUGGAGGAUCUCUCCCAUCUCCAACCUCCUACCUAGCAGGUGCAAGUGCUGGAGUUUAUGCACUCAUAGCUGCUCACCUGGCGACCCUUGUUCUGAACUGGAAAGAAGAUGGCGCUGUGUUUGAAGGAAGAAGAAGAAAGUCCAAAGCAGUUUCUCAAUCAUUAAACCCGUUAAUCAGGAUUGCCCGUCUUGUGUUUGUUGUUACAUUUACACUGUUUGAUGUUGGAUACGCGGUUCAUAAUCAUUAUAGUGGAGUUAGAACCAAUACUGGGUAUAUGGGUAUAUUAACUCUUAACCCUAGGUAUAUGGGUAUAUCAACUGUUAACCCUAGGUAUAUGGAUAAAUUAACUGUUAGUCUUAGGUAUAUGGGUAUAUUAACUGUUAACCCUAUGUACAUGGGUAUAUUAACUGUUAACCCUAGGUAUAUGGGUAUAUUAACUGUUAACCCUAGGUACAUGGGUAUAUUAACUGUCAACCCUAGGUAUAUGGGUAUAUUAACUGUUAACCCUAGGUAUAUGGGUAUAUUAACUGUUAACCCUAGGUAUAUGGGUAUAUUAACUGUUAACCCUAGGUAUAUGGGUAUAUUAACUGUUAACCCUANCAUUGUAAGUAAACCCUAUCCUCCUCUCCUUAGUUCUACUCCCAUUGUAAGUAAACCCUAUCCUCCUCUCCUUAGUUCUACUCCCAUUGUAAGUAAACCCUAUCCUCCUCUCCUUAGUUCUACUCCCAUUGUAAGUAAACCCUAUCCUCCUCUCCUUAGUUCUACUCCCAUUGUAAGUAAACCCUAUCCUCCUCUCCUUAGUUCUAUUCUCAUUGCAAGUAAACGAUACUACAUAGUUCAACUCUACUUGAUUGUUCAGAUUGGGACUGAUACCGGAUAUUUCCCUGCAUCAAGUUCAGCUCCCUGCUUGUAUUAUUACAAUGUUACUGGAGAUCCUUCAAGUUUCCAGGAUCAAUCACAUUUGUAA